GUAUUUUUUGAAAGAGUUAUUGAACAUGUCAACGAAAACCAAAUUUGUUGAUGUGGUGACGAAUAGGAUUUAUACCCUCACACCUUUCCAUCCCUUCUCAUUCUCUCUCUCUCUCUAAAUUCCCCUUUUUCCACUCUCUCUCUCUCUGAACAACAACAACAACACCAUCACCAUAGAUCAUUACAAUUGACAAGGAAGGAAACUACCGCAGGCCUAUCGAAAGAGCAUGAUAUCAAAAAGAGGCAUUGGUGGAAUGGAAGUCCCUAAAAAAAGGACUGGCCUUGUGUUUAGAGAGACUGCUAAUACCAGAGAUGAUCAAAAUUGCAGCCGAGUGGGUUGCAGUACUGCAGCCAACCCUCCUGUUCAAAAAAGGUUUUCUGAAAAAGUUAAAACUUUAAGGCCAUCAACGCAGUCAUCUUCAGGUGGCAAGGAGCUAGUUGGUAGUUCUCGUAGAACACCUGCUAACCCAGCAAAACCACUUAAAGAGCCUCGGAGAACAUUAUCUUCAAGUGGCCUUCCAGCUGAAGAGAAAGGUAGAGAGUCUACUAAUGUGAUUCGGGCGGAAGUAGGAAAAUCUGGUGCAGUAUCAAAUUCAAGAUCUCAAAGGAAUUUUAAUCAAAGGCCUGGAUUGCGUCAACGAGAAACUGAAAGCAUUGGUCCGGUGACACAAGCUGUUUCUAGCAAGUAUGGAUUGAGGAAUCUCAGAUGCAACACUAUAUCUGAUGCUAUCCCUUCUUCUUGCUCAUCGUCAGAUUCUAUCCUUAAUAGAAGGAAGACUACUGUGAUAAAAAUGAGAAGCUCUGAAGGGGAAAGUAGCUCCACUCUUAAAGGGAAGAAGAUGACUGGUUCUUCAUUGGAAAGAUUGAAUUGUGGCUCCAGAAAUGGCAGAUCUAGUUCUGAUACAAGAGGAUCUAGAAAUAUUCCUCCUCUGAGGGACAAUAGCAGAGCAUCGGUUAGAACUGAAAGAACGGUUAGUGGUUAUGCCAGGGAAAGAUUUUCUAACCAAGGAAAUGAAAACUCCAAAGAAAACAAUGGGGACAACAGCAGAACAUCGGUUAGAACUGAAAGAAAGAUUAGUGGUUAUGCCAGGGGAAGAUUUUCUAAACAUGGAAAUGAAAACUCCAAAGAAAACAACGGGUCCCGUGAUGUGUUGCCUAUUUCUCCUCACUCUAUUGAUCUCAACUCUCCUGUCACAGAGGAGUUUCGUGGUGUUAUGCCUAUGUCUCCUGAAGAAUACAGCACCCCUCAUUCUCUAAUAAUUCAGGAUGGCUCUCGGCGCUACAAUAUGGAUGGUAUUUCAGAGGUAUUAUUGGCACUUGAGAGAAUGGAACAAGAUGAAGAAUUAACCCACGAGCAAAUGGAUUUACUAGAGACCAACUCUAUUCUUGAUGGACUUAGCUUCUAUGAUACUCAUAGAGACAUGCGGUUGGAUGUUGAUGACAUGUCAUAUGAGGAACUCUUAGCUCUUGAAGAGAGAAUGGGCACAGUGAGCACUGGUCUGUCAGAGGAAGCACUCUCUGAUAGUCUUAAAAAAUGUGUCUAUGAGUCUACGCCUUCAGAUGAUGCAGCCGACUGUGUUGAUGAGGAUAACGAUGACAUCAAAUGCUGCAUUUGCCAGGAGGAAUAUGUUGUUGGAGAUGAAAUUGGAAGACUGCAAUGCUCGCAUAAAUAUCAUGUUGAUUGUGUACAGGAAUGGUUGAAGCUGAAGAAUUGGUGCCCUAUGUGCAAAGAGUCAGCGACACUGUCCAACUCGUCGUCGUCAUCAUCAUCAUCAUCUCAUUAGUUGCAUUUUUACCUUCCUUCUGUACAAAAACAUGCAUUUUCUUUCCUCUGCACAAAAUUCUUCUAGUUGGUUUAUAUGCAGUUAACAAAUGGCGUCCUAAACCGUGCCUUGACGGACCCUGGUGGGAUCUUGUUUCUCUCGGUUACAAAAACAUGCAUUCACUUCGAUCACCAAAGUGGAAUUGUUGGAUGAAAUAUGAAUAUUAGACUGCUCACAUUCUGACUUUCAAGUCCGAUACCAAACAUGAACUCAAAAUGUGAACCGUCUGAUGGUUUCAAUCAUUAACAGCAUGUUUUUCUGUGACAGCAGAGAAUCCGAUCCUUUUUUGGUUAGGGAUAUUCAUUGUUGUCUUGUGGAUGAGAGUAGUCUCAGCUUACUAUUUUUUACUGAAAAACAUAAUAAAACGAGUAGUUUGCAUGA